AUGCCCACCCCGAGCAGCCCCAAAUCCCUCACGGUGCUCCAGCUCUUCCCCGCACUGUGUACGCUGGGCUGCAAAACCAACAGGGAAGCGGGCGAGACCUCGCGCCCUUCGCCGAGGCAGACACCAGCGGCAGCAUCGGCAGAGCCCCGGCCGCCUGCCCGCCCCGCUGCCGGCCCUGCGCCGCCGAAGAAGGAGAAACCCCUGGAAGAUGACGAGUCCCGAAAAGUCCUGACGAAGGGCUCCCGGGCCGAGCUCGCAGGCGCUCCCGAAGCUGUGACAUGCCAGCCCCAGGUGCGAGCAGCCCCACAGCCCCCCAGUCCCUGCACCCACCUGCUGCAGAACGGUGCUGGGCGGGGGCCGGAUCCAGGCGGUGCCAACGGGGAGGCAGGGAACGGGGUCUUCCGCCCCCUCCCCAGCACCCAGAAGCCUCACCGAAAGCUGCAGUCGCACCACUCCAUCAACAGCCAGAGCAGCAAGAAGAGCAAGGGCAGCUCCAAGUCGGCCUCUUCCCACAUCCCUAUUGAGGCGCAAGAAGACUGCUGCGUCCACUGCAUCCUCUCCUGCCUCUUCUGCGAGUUCCUGACCCUCUGCAACAUCGUGCUGGACUGUGCCACUUGCGGCUCCUGCACCUCCGAGGACUCCUGCAUCUGCUGCUGCUGCUGCAACUCGGGCGAGUGCGCAGACUGCGACCUGCCCUGCGACAUGGACUGCGGCAUCAUUGACGCCUGCUGCGAGUCCGCCGACUGCCUGGAGAUCUGCAUGGAGUGCUGCGGGCUCUGCUUCUCCUCCUGA